CUUCCCGGAGGCCCUGGGCCGCGGUCGCGGUGUGGGCGUUGGCGAAGGGACGGCUCGGUCGCCCGGCGCGGUCCCAGGGGGCGCGGAGCAAGCAGCAACCCAAGCCCUCUGUGGCUUGUGCCGGGCGGCAGCGCUGCGACUUUUUUGCUGCCCCCGCUCAGGGGUCGGUGGGGUCCACUAUGUGGCGGUCAUUUUCUGCUGCCGGCGGGCCCGUGGGGUCCCGCGGGAUGGCGCGGCUCCGGGAGCGAGGGUUGGGGCAAAGUUGCAUGGGGGGUUUGAACUUUCGGGUUUCUCUGGCCCCAUUUUGCGCUGUGUGGGCUCGAGAAGGACGUCUCGCUAGGCCUGCCACGUUUCCCGGCGAUCCCGGGCGUUAUGGCUCAGGGGCUCUCAUUUUAGCGGCCUGGCUCUCCCAUUACAGUGCGAGCGUGUGCGGCCGCGAGGACGAUACCAGCUCUUUCGCAAGUCAUUUCGCAUCGUGCUCGAGCGUAGGCACGCUGCCCGGUUGACUGAUACCGGCUCAGUGUAGUGCAGGCAGGCUGCCAAAAUGGACGACUUGAGCAGCUUCGACUCGCAAGCCAGCUACGCCGCGGUGUCACCGAAUGAACGCUUCGAGCCGCGCCUCGACCCGUUGCUCGAAAGCAAUUCGCUCGCCGGCGGGUCGUACCAGACGUACCAGACGCACCAGACCACCGGCUCGGGGUGGAGUUGCAAGCACAGCUCGGCGCCGAUCGAAGAGUUCCUCUUGCGGUGGGAGGAGCCGAACACGCGGAAUCGGUCGUAUGCCAUCCGUGCCGCCGGAGAGCCGAUAAUAGACCAGAGCGAGAUCCCGACGCGGCCCAACUCGGGCGUCACGAAGAGCGCGCCGCCCGACGCUCAGCCGAGUUCCCCGCACCGAAAGUCCCAGCUGCUGCAGCAAGAGUGGGGCGGCGAGAAACCUCUCAAGGAGCGCAAAGUGCGAGACUACCGCCACGUCUACCGGGGCAAGCCCUUCCGCCCGUCCGGCGCGCUCCAGGGUCGCGCCGCAUUUAUGAUGACGUCGGGGAACAACGGUUUCGGCUACUACACUCGCCCCGCGGUGAAACAAAACUCCCCGGCGUCGGUCGUGCGCGAGGUCGACACGCUGAAACGGCGCCUGUCCGAGUUGACGGCCGAGGCCCAUCGCAUCGCGGGGCGGACGCCGUCGCGCCGCCGCUUUCUGGCCGCCGCGACCGCGGCAGCUGUACGCCGCGAGGAACGAGCGAAACGGGAGACGCUCCGCGCCGAGACGGCUCGGUCGCUCGCGUCGUCGGGCCAGCGGCGCCACGCGCGCUACUGCGGCAAGGAGCGCGUCUAUAUCUAUUAA